UGUCCCUGGUGGCCCUGGCACCUGCGCCCGGACAUGCUACUGCUGCCGGCCCUGCUUUGGGGGAUGGCGGGGGUUGAGGGACAGGGAGGGCACAGGGGAGGUUACAGGCUGCAAGUGCAGAGUGUGGUGACGGUGCAGGAGGGCCUGUGUGUCCGUGUGCCCUGCUCCUUCUCCUAUCCUCUGCACGGCUGGAAGAACUCUGACCCUGUUCAUGGCUACUGGUUCCGGGAAGGGGCCAGUGUGGAGAGGGAUGCUCCAGUGGCCACAAACGACCCAGCUAGGAAAGUGCAGGAGGAGACCCAGGGCCAAUUCCACCUAUUAGGGGAUCGCAGGAGGAACGACUGCUCCCUGAGCAUCAGAGACGCCACAAGGAGGGUCGAGGGGUCAUACUUUUUUCGGGUGGAGCGAGGAUGGAUGAAAUGGAACUAUGAACAAAACAAGUUGGUUGUGCAUGUGACAGCCCUGACCCACAAGCCCGACAUCCUCCUCCCAGGGACCCUGGAGUGCGGCCGCCCCAGCACCCUGACCUGCUCUGUGCCCUGGGCCUGUGAGCAGGGGACGCCGCCCAGGAUCUCCUGGGAGGGGGCUUCCGUGGCUCCCCAGGGCCCCACCACCGGCCACUCCUCAGUGCUCACCCUCAUCCCUCAGCCCCAGGACCACGGCACCAGCCUCACCUGCCAGGUUACGUUGCCUGGGGCCAGUGUGACCAGAAGGAGGACCCUCCACCUAAAUGUGUCCUACUCUCCUCAGAACCUGACCGUGACUGUCUUCCAUGGAAACGGCUCAGCACCCACUGUCCUGGAGAACGGCUCAUCUGUGUCAGUCCUAGAGGGCCAGUCCCUGCGCCUGCUCUGUGCUGUCAGCAGCAACCCCCCUGCCAGGCUGAGCUGGACCCGGGAAAGCCUGACCCUGUACCCCUCGCAGCCCUCGGGACCUCUUUUGCUGGAGCUGCCUCGAGUGCACCUCAGGGAUGAAGGAGAAUUCACCUGCCGAGCUCAGAACCCUCUGGGCUCCCAGCACGUCUCCCUGAGCCUCUCCCUGCAGAGUGAGUACACAGGCAAAGUGCAGCCUGUCUCAGGGGUGACGCUGGGGGCUGUCUGGGGAGCUGGAGCCACAGCCCUGGUCUUCCUGUCCUUGUGCGUCAUCUUCAUCAUCAUGAGGUCCCACAGGAGGAAGGCGGCAAGAACAACAGCGUGCGUGAGGGACCCGGAUGUGCAGGAGGCAGACGGUGUCAGGGUCCCAGGCUCUCGGGUGUCCCUGAUUGAACCGCAGGCAGAUGACAGACACCAAGACCAGGUUCUUGGAGUCAUGGCCACCACCUUCUCAGGGCAGGAACAAGAGGUGCAGUAUGCAACCCUCAGCUUCCAGAAGAGGAAGCCUCAGGACACUGCAGGACACGAGGCCACAGGCAAAGAGUACUCGGAGAUCAAGAUCCACAAGUGAGAAACUGUGGAGACUGGGCCCUGGUGGAGGAUCCCGCCCCUCCUGGCAAAGGAGACAUCAGAGGCUCAUUCCUGCAGAGUCCAAGCCCUCCACAGCCCCACGCUGCCCAGCAGAACCCCAGAGCUUCUUCCUCCUGUGAAACUGAAACCUUUUGCCCACUGACCUCUGUCUUCCCUUUCUCUGUCCUGCUCGGCCCUGCCUCCCAGCUUCUCAUACCCACUAUUCCACUUUCUACUUCUGUGAGAUAGGGUGUUAUAGAUUCAACAUGUAAGUGUGGUCAUAAUGUAUUUCUCUCUCUCUGUGCUUGGCUUAUUUCAC